AUGGCUCGCCAAGCACAAUAUAGAAAAUAUACGCUUUCGAGCAAAGGGAGAACCUUCGUUCGUGGGGAGGCAUUGGGAGAAGAAAUGCGAUGUGCCAUUGUUGAUAAGAUCAUGAACCUCGGAGGAGACAUGGCAACUGGUUUUUUUCCUGGUAGUUUUAUUGAAGUGGCAAAUCAUUUUCAAAUAUGGCCUGAAACGGUGAGAAAGGUGUGGACAUUAGUUUGUUCUGAAGGAACUGUUAAUCCUGGUCCGCAUAAAACUGGGAAUCCUGCUCAUAUAAAGCCAGAAGAUGUCGAGCUUGUGGAAUUUCUAAAGAGAGAAAGACCAAGCAUCAGUUAUUCGUCAGUGAAGGAGAAAUUAGAAAUUUUUGGCAACAUCGAGGGGGGAACUUCGGUUAGUGCAAUUGGAAGAACUGUUCGCAGCCGUAUGUCAGACGGACCGUGGACUUGGAAGAAACUUACAAAACAGCCUAUGGACAAAUUUACAGAUGGCAACAUAACCUACGCACAGCAGUUCUUGCAAUUCCUUCAUGGUAUGGAUCCUGUUAAAGUUAAAUAUUUUGACGAAGCAGGCGUAAAUGUAGCUACAGGACAUCGGUCUUACGGACAUUCACUCAAAGGGACCAAUGCUGUGGAAAUAUUGAAUGGACAAUCGAAAGGACAAUCGAAAGGAGCGAACUAUACUCUUAAUCUUCUAUGUGGAUUAGAAGGCGUUUUGUACGCAAAUACUGUUUUUGGAGGAGCUGAUACUUACGACUUUUUGAAUUUUUGGAGUGAGGCAGUUGAGUAUACAACUCCGAGUGGGUUGCCAGUACUCGAUAAUGGAGAUGUCAUUGUUUAUGAUAAUGCUGCGAUUCAUCGUUUUGAAGGUGGCCAGGCAGUCGCUAGCUGGCUUAACGAUAUGGGCAUAGCUGUUAUCUACACGCCAAUUCGUUCGCCUGAAUUUAAUGCCGUAGAAUUAGUUUUCAAUAAGCUAAAGACAAUGUUGAAACGUGACGAGUACGCACAACUUCUUCAUGUUAAUGUCCCCGCCGCAAUUUUUGGUGCAAUCUCAACAAUUUCCGAGGCAGAUAUGACUGGAUUUUAUCGAUAUGUAAACUACUUUCAAAUGUAA